AUGAGUAAUGCGGAUAGGAAAUAUAUUGUACCAGCGAUUGAUUUAAAUAAAAUUAGUAAUGAAGAACAAUUAUUACCUGUGAUUAAAGCAAUACUAUUAAAUCAUGAUACUUUUUUAUUGAAAAAUUAUGCAAAUAAAGAAUCCUUAGAUAAUUUACUAUUUGAUCUUAAAGAUUGUCCACCAGAUUUAAAUCAAGGAUUUGAUGCAAAUUUUACAGGUACUUUACCAUUAGAUCAAGAAAAUAAUAUUUAUUUAGAACAAUAUAUUUCUAAUCCAGGGAAUGCAUUACAAUUCGAUAGACCGUGUAAUAAUGUAUGUUUAUCUAAAUUACAAUCAAGGCUUAAUAAAGUUGCUCAUUAUUUCGCAACUUUGUCGAUUAAAGCCAUAAAUCAAAUAGAACCUAACCUUUUAAAAACUUUAACAGAGAAUGAAGCUUUAAAAUUAACACGUUACUAUAAUGGAACUGCCAAUAACAAUAACAAUACUGGAUUACUAUCUGAUCCGCUGGCGGAUGUAUUGGGAUUAACUGCAAGUUUCAGCAAUAAUAACGAUGGAAAUGAAAAUAAUGAAGUAAUUAGUGGUCACUAUACAAAACAUGAUUGUGCUGGUUUAUUGUCUGUUUUCCCAACAACAAAUGGUAUUCGCUAUAAACCAACAUCUGUUGCAUCUGACGAUAAUAUAUGGGUUCCAAUUCAAAAUGAUCCUACAGCUUUAGUGAUUCAUGUAGGAAAAUUAUUAUCAAUUGUCUCAGAUGGGUUAUUUACAAGUUCACCUUUACAAGUCGACACUGCAGCUAAUAUAGUAGAAUUGACAAUCUUCCCAAAUUUAACUACUUCAUUUGAAGAUAAUGGUAACAUAACGAUGGCUUCUACAUUAUUAGAACAACAGAUUAAAGAAUUUCCAUUGGUUGCACAGAAAUUUUAUUAUAAACAAUGGUCAAAACAACAAUUAUUAGAGAAAAUUAAUUUCUAUAAGAAAUUAUUUACGACAAGUGAAACCGUUCUAUCCUUAUAUGCAAUGUCUAGAGGUUCUACUGUAGCACCUAGAUUAGAUAAUUUAUUACCACAAAUGACUAAUUUAUUGAAACGUAAAAUUUCAGAACAAGAUUUCUUAAAGAUGAUUACAUUAUGGCCGCAAGUCUAUAUUUUAGGUUCAGAUUCAAACCAUGAAUUGACUGUUCAAUUACCUAGAAGAGAUAUACUUGCAUCAUUGACUAAUAAUUCAAGAAAAUUGGAUUUUAUACAAUUUGCGGAAGAAUGGUACAUGAAUCAAAGUCAAUUGGAGAGCAUUCCUUUGGAUGUACCUAUCUUUAAAAUUAACAAGAGACGUGGUAGUGAUAAUUACGAAUUACAUGGUGAUUUACAUAAAAAGGAUAAUCACCGUGUUGAUAAUGACAAUUACUCAAGUAUGUCUCGUUCAAGAAAUUAUUUAUCUAACAAUCGGGAUCCAUCUAAUCUAUUAACAAAGGAUAAGUCUAGAAAUAAUUCACAAUCUGAUUUGUUGAAAAGACUACAAGAGAAAGAAAGAAGGUCUGCAACAUUAUUACAAGAGAGACAACAAAAAUAUCAACAAUUCUUAACCAUUAAAAUGAAACAAGUUUUUAAUAUUAUCUUUUCUUUACAACCAAAUGUUCCAUAUACGAUGACGCACUUAAAGGCAAUUAUUGUGGAUUCUUUACAAGAUAGUAAUAAUCCUAUAGGACCAGAAGAAGCGGAAGAGGUCCUAUUGAGAUUACAUAGUUUACUCAUUGAUAAUAUAAGCGUCAAGACUGUAGAUGGCGGUUUGAAAGUCUUGAGAUGGAAUAAUCUCAACCAGGAGCAAUUCGACAUCGCAUUAGCAUCAUUUAACCCUAAUUCAAACUAG